CAUUUGAACUCUUGUCAUUAUAAUUUAAUUAAUUCCUUUUUUGGUCAUCAUUCGUUUCUUGUACGUACGCCUCUCACAACACAACAGAUCUUGCUUUGGAUUUAAUCCGGCGGUAUCCAAGUUUGACACAUGCUCUUGACGACCGCGGCGAGAUCCCCUUCUUAGCAUUGGCUUCUAUGCGGAAAACAUUUCCGAGUGGAAAUCAGCUCGUCUUUUGGAAAAAAUGGAUCUAUUCCCGUAUACGCAUCGAUCCAUCGGCUCCUGCCACCAGCAUUGCAACUGAUCCGUUGAACAUUGUGAGCAUUGAAAAUGGCCAACCCAUUCAAGUUCCACCAGUCGGAUCAGUGCAAGGGCCAGCAGUACUGUUUCGCCUGCUAGUUUCAGCAACUGUCCGCAACUACUUGUUGGUGCCAGCAAAAUCAAUUGUCAGCAAUUUAUUGGGAAUCAAGCAAUUAUAUGACAUGAAGAAGAUCCAUAAGCAAUCAGAAGAACUUCUUUCCUGCAUGUGCAAAGAGAUAUCAGAAUCAUCCCAAACUGGACAACUUAAAAAUAUUGGUGUGAUUUACGAUGCAAUCAGUCGUGCUGUCAAGAAUGGGAUUUCCGAGUUUGUGUUUAAGAUAGUGGCGAUGGAUCCGAGCUUUUUGGGUAAUAGAUAUAGAAAUUCGAGGAACAUACUACUUAUGCUGGCUGUUCUGUAUCGUCAGUCUAAGAUUUUUAACCAUAUAUAUGGGCUUGAUUGAUCAUGA